AUGUCUUCAUCUUUGUCGAAAACCACUAAAGUUUCCCAAUUUCGACCAACCCUUUUUCAGAAAGCUUCUUCUUUGAAAGCCGCAAGCUUAGCUAAAAGACAAGUGACUGUCUUCAAGAAAGCUGAGGAGCUUUCAAUUCUCUGCGGGGUCGAAGUCAGCGUCAUCUGCUACGGAUCAGACGGUGCGCUUAGAACAUGGCCCAAGGACAGAGAGAAGGUCAAAGACAUGGCUGUAAGGUACAGCCAGUUAAGCGAGGUGAAGCGACGCAUAAAACAAUGGGAUCUUAACAAGUUUCUCGAGGAGGUCAACAAGGAUCCCAAAAAGAAGAACAAGAAGAAGAAAGUGAAACUUGAAUCCAGUUACAAGUAUCCGGAUUGGGAUCCCAGGUUUGGUAAUUGCUCUGUUGAGCAACUCACGGAGCUGAUUGAAUCCUUGGAACGCAAGCAAACCAUAAUGCAAGAUAGGCUUCGAGCAGUUCUUGAAUCUCAGAGACAGAGGAAUAUGUAUUACAUGAACAUGGCUGAACCGACGCAGAUGAAUCAUCUUCAACAGCAGCUCCCUAACCAAGAUCAAUCCCUGGCUCCACUUCCAAAUUCACUGACGGUGUACCAGUAUCCAAACAUGGAUAUGUACUCGAGUUUUCUUGGGGGACAAGAAACUGGAAGGAAUGAGUUUCUAAGCACGAACAUGAUACCCAACAACAGCUUCAACAGCAACUGUGUUUAUAUGUUUCAAAACCAGUUUAACCAGAACUGUUCCAAGGUCGAAGAUUACUCUGGCUUUCCUCAAGGAACUGGGAUCAACAACAUGAACGUGGAAGAUUAUUCCGGGUCACUUCGGGCGCAAGGACCUAACGGGUUGCAGAACAUGGACUUGCAAGGCUACAACAACAACAGUAUUAACACCAAUGGUUUCUCACAUCAGCUUGUUCAGUUUCCGGCGCAAAGAGCAGCACCGGCCUGUCAAUAUGUGGAUGGGUCAACACAGAAUAUCAGACCUCAGUUCCAGUAUUCUUCCUUUGUUGGUUGA